UUAACUAAUGCUUCUGCUAUUGAGUCAUGGCAUGGACCCAGCAUUGCGUGCCUUUGAGGAACAUCGUCGUGAAUUUAUUGAAACAAUGAGAGAACUCAGAAGAAAAAAUCCUCACAUGGAACCAGAAGAAUUACAAAAACAAGCUGAAUAUGAAAUGAUCAGUAAAGGACCAAAAUCACGUGCCUUCUAUAGGGUCCAGGCAACUCGUCGACUUGUUGGUGGUGGCGAUAUUGUUAGAAAACGAUUGGCGAGAGAGCAUGACAAGGCUUUGGAUAUUGUUAUCGAAGCGCAAGAAAGACAAGCUAGGCAUAAUACUUGUAGAAUAUUUUUUGAUCCAGCUCAUUAUACAGUUUUGGAGAAUGUUGGGACUUUUGACGUUGUUGUUGGCCGAGAUGGUGGCCCGGAAGGUUUAACAGUCAUGGUUGACUACUACACGGAGGAUGGAACAGCCAAUGCUGGUAGUGACUAUAAGCCUGCUAAAGGAACCUUAACGUUUUACCCUGAGGAUAGGCACUGCAAAAUUCCUAUUGAAAUCGUGGAUGACGAUGUUUUUGAAGAAGACGAACACUUUUAUUUACAUUUAACAAAUUUGAGAGUUCGUACACGUGAUGGCCUUAUUUUGGACCCUACAAGGUUAGGAGGUGUUCCUCUGGCUCUGCUGGAAAUGCCUACUACCGCAACAAUUAUGAUUCUUGAUGAUGACCAUGCUGGUGUAUUUUCAUUUGAAUACGAUCACUUUCAAGUUGUUGAAAAUUGUGGACAUAUAACUCUCAGGGUGCAAAGGACAAGUGGAUGUAGGGGUCAAGUCUUACUGCCUUACAAAACUUACGACGGGUCUGCUACCACCGGUAAACAUUAUGAAGCUAAAGAAAGCGGAGAAAUCCUUUUUGAGGAUAAUCAAACUGAGGCCUUUAUUGAUAUUGGAAUUGUUGAUACCGAACAAUACGAACGCUCAGAUUUUUUCUAUUUGGAAUUGUCACCGCCUGUUUGGACUAAAAAGAUGUCCGAUGAGAAUUUAAUGAAUUUAACACCUGAUCAAUUAGAAAUUGCUGAACUGGGAAAGCCACGAUUGGGGGAAUUUAGAAAAUGUCAAAUUACAAUAAAGGAGAGCAAAGAGUUUCAGGGUGUUGUUGACAGAAUGUUAAAAACAGCAAAUGCCUCAUUUAUGCUUGGAACUAGCAGUUGGCGUGAACAAUUUAUUGACGCUUUAACUGUAAGUGCUGGAGAUGAUGAUGAAGAGGAAGAAGGAGGAGAUGAAGAUGAGGGAAAAACAACUAAAUUGGUCAUUCGGGAGCCUGGAGAAGCUGAUGGAUUGAAAGGGGAAGAAUUGUCAAUUACAAAAGGAAAGGGGAAACAACCGAGUAAAUCUGACUAUUUGAUGCAUUUUAUUUCUGUCCCGUGGAAGUUGGCAUUUGCUACUAUUCCGCCUACUGAUUAUUGGGGCGGUUGGGCAUGUUUUACAGUCUCUAUCCUUAUGAUUGGUCUUUUAACUGCAGUUAUUGGCGAUCUUGCUUCUCAAUUUGGCUGUUGGGCCGGUCUAAAAGAUGCAGUUACUGCAAUCAGUUUUGUGGCCUUAGGAACUUCCGUUCCAGACACGUUUGCAAGCAAAGUUUCUGCUGUACAAGACAAAUAUGCAGAUAAUUCAAUCGGAAAUGUUACUGGAUCAAAUGCUGUAAAUGUAUUUCUCGGUAUUGGUAUAGCUUGGACAUUAGCAGCCGUUUAUCAUUGGUUCAAAGGAAGUGUUUUUCGAGUUGAUCCGGGAGCAUUAGCGUUUUCUGUUACUAUAUUUUGCAUAGAAGCAUUUGUUUGUGUUAUUGUUAUUGUGGCUAGAAGACAUCCAGCAAUUGGAGGCGAAUUAGGAGGCCCUCGCAAAUUCCAAAUUCUCACAUCUGGAUUUUUCGCAUGUUUGUGGCUUUUCUAUAUUGGAAUUUCUGCUUUAGAAUCCUACUGUGUAAUUGCUGGAUUUUAA